AUGUCUGAGCAUUUACGCAACAAAAUCCUCGUUCUUGGUCGCCGCGGUGUGGGAAAGCUUUCUCUUGUAAAAAGAAUUCUGGAAUCAACUUCGCAAGAGUUUCGAGCUCAUGAACUAGAUAAUCAUUCUGGUCUAAAGGUUCCAUGGAAUAUUGCAACAAGAUAUUACGUGGCGGACGUUCAUUUUUGGAUUGAGGAAACCGAUGAUGUUAAUCAACAAAUCCUCAAUGAAUAUAUGGACGAAGAGAACGGUAUUGGGCGUGUAGUAGAUGCAAUAAUCUUUGUCUUUCAAAAAGAUAAGCCUACAAGUUUUGACGAUAUAAAGAUGUUUCUGCCGUUUUCCCAGAAAUAUGAGCCUUCGAUACUGCUUACUGUUGGUUCUGGCACUUCUGUGCUUGAUCCUGAAGAGAACGUGUAUAAUUCUUGGUGUUUGAGUAAUGGAUUUGAGUUCAUUGAUUUGGAAGUAAGUCCAUCAGUUUCUGAUGAGUCUGCUGGAUUGAUGCGGAUACUUGAAGCCUUACAAUCUCACGUUUGGGAUGGAUUUCAAAGAAUACAACAGAAUGAAAUAAGAGACAACGAGGCGUAUUUGGAUUCUAACGCUGAGAGAGAUUCAAGACGUUUUGUCCAAGAUAUGAAUCCAUUAUUAUUUAAUCAGAAUGUUGAUGAAAACAUCGAAUUAUUUGGAGAUGUCCUUCCAACCGAAGCUGAGCUUGGCUUAAUACGUGAGCAACUCUUUGGAGAUCUUGAUGAUGAUGAUGGCUUGGACAGAGUCCUUACGCGGUUGCACAGUUUGAGAGAACGAGGGCAGUCUCUUCCUGAUGAUGAACGAAGAAGGUUAGCAGCAAGUGUAGCUUGGUCUUUUGGAAUGCAGUUCGGUGGUUUGAG